AGCGAAUCGUGAAGCUAGCAGUAGGUGCGCGGCUGACUUACGCACUGCUGGCUGACCUGUGUGAGCGGGGAGGUUGUGGCUCACUGAGAUUACACAGUGUGCUUGCCAGCACACGUCAGCCUCAGUUUCGGAUGUAUACAUACCAUGGCGAGACUGGCGGCCCUUGGGUUUGUGAUCCUGCUUCAACUCGUUGCCCUCUGUUCGCAGUUCGGUUUGCUGCCCUCUUCGCUAUGAACUCCCCUGUCGCGAAUGAUGUCUACCCCGGCCCUAAUGUUUUGGACUUCGCUAUCAAGGAAUCGCCCUUUAGCUUGAGUACGCUCCCCAGCCUGAGCCUGUCCGAUAUCAUCAACAUCCCUGAAGACGAUAUAGGGUUAGCAGCUAGACCGCUGGUCACGCUCGGUGCCCCGCAAAUCUCGCGUGCCAACGCCAUGUCUCUAGGGUUCAUUCUCUCCGACCGCCUAUCGAACAACAUAACUUCGACCUCUAUUGGCACCAAACUAUCUCUUUCAGCCUCUUCGUCGACGUCGGCCGACAACAAUCAUUGGCAACGCAGCUCAGGUCGGAAUGGUAGCGUGGACUCACAGGUCCGCGGCUGGGCACCAAUGGAUCCCGACCACUACACCCUCGUCGACACUCUAGAGCUCCCCGUCUCAGCCCCGGUCCCCCAUAUCUCCGGGCGCGCCUGCGUGGCCCACAUCCCCGGACCUUCCUGCAUCCCCGAUGUAUGUCUGCCCUGGAACCAACAAGGAGGUUCGACGCCUGCGGACGUGUCGCCUGACCAGGUCCACGUACAGGUCGGUUUGGGACUUUCCGCGGCUCCAAUCGGCACCGCCGCUGGACUGGAGAAGUCCCAGCCUGACGUAUUCCUCGACUCGUGCCUUGAGCUUGAACCCUCCCCGGAGCCCAUGCUCCAAUUUCCAGCACUCACCAGAGUGCCCCGGUGCCUCGUCUCGACUCGUGCCUCAUGCCCCACCCUGAGCCACGUCCCCGUCUCCACGCCUCUCCCACUCGCCGGCGCGGCCCUUCCUAGCAGGCCUGCCCCUGGGCAAGUGCCGAGCGGCACCGAGCUUCCCCGUACGAUCCCGCCCCCGCCUCGCGGCGGAGUCUCACCUGCGGUCGCGCGGAGCAUCACGAACAUCCGGCUUGCGCGUGAACACGCAGCGCAGGCAUACGCGGCGCGUCCUCGGGCAGAGGGCACUACUGCUACCGAGAGCGACGCUGCGUCGCGAACACCCAGUGUGCUAGGAAGAUGGACGAAAGACCUGAGGCACGACAGACUCGAAGGAUGUACGUGCGUUGGGGUGUCGCGUACGAACGUACAAUACUGAAACGUUCAUAAUGAUACUGUUUGCCCGAUUUCCAUUCCCUGGACAACUGUCAGGCAUCGAUUGCUAAUACAAGAAGUUUCUUUCAUCCAAAGACGCAAAACGAACGAGCAGAUCUUCAUUAGAUCAUAGUGCCA